AUGCUCAGUAGUUAUACUGUCUUCUGUGAGAGAAUCUGGUUACAAACCAGCCUUCUGAGAAAGACUAAAUUUUCAAGGGAAAGUAAAGAAGAAAAAUUAGCAUUUUUAGACGAUGAAAAUAUCAGAUGGAAAAAUGUGACGCGUUUCGCGUUACUUGUAGGCAGUAGCACUCUUGGAAUUUUUAAAGACGAUCGAAAACUCAUUCAACUAGAACGAAACUAUAAAAGUGGUUAUUAUACAGAAGCAAUGAAUAAUUAUUAUGAAAAAUUACAGAGUAAUCGUGUUCUUAGGGAGGAAAAGGCUUCUGUUGACAAGAGGUUAACGAAGAAAACAGGAAAGGCGAUUCGAAAUCGUAUCGAUGAUCUCCUUCCUAGCAAUCAAGUAAAUCCGAAAAAACCUCGUCUGACGGGUAAAACAGUUUGGAACCAUAUAUGCCGAAGACAAGUGCCUCAAAGUCUGCCAGAUGUGAUCCAAAAUAUUAUUCUCGAAUAUUCUAAACUAUUGAAUGCAUUCACACCACUGGAUGAUAUCCAGAAAAUUUGGUGUGUAAAUUUUUCAAAAGUUAACGAGUUGAGCAACCAAGAUGAUAUAGAAAAAUUUUGUGGAAGUCAAAUUAUUUUACGUAACUAUUUACUUCUGAGAUCCAAAACCAAUAAUGAUAACGAAGACACAUUUGUUCAUGAAAUGUUACACGAUUUACUGAAGGAAAUCUUUCGCGAUUCAAAUUUUGAAUUGGUCUGGGUGAACAGCGAGAGCACUUCCUCAAAAAGCCGACGUUGUAAUAAUAAAGAAAAUUCGCGAGGUAAAAAACCAGAUUUUAAACUCUCGGUGAACACGAAUGAUGAGAUUCUUUUUGGUGAAGUUAAACCACCAAAAUAUAAAAACUCUUCUUUAUUAUUGGUUUCUCAAGAUCUUGUCAAGCUAGCAAACUUUCAAUCCGGUACUUUGGAUGAGUUAGUUAAAAAGUAUGGAAAUAGGAUUGGGAUGACAUCCUUCGGAGUGUGGGUUUAUGGAGUACAAAUCCAUAUUUAUCAAAUGGACUUAGAUUACGAUGGAUUAUACAGGAUGUAUCUGAUUGCAGACAUAGUUAUACCCACUCAAAAAUCCCAAUUUAUAAGUCUAAUGCCGAUAUUGGAAACAUUUUACAAUGUCAAAGAUUCCGUUUCUAAAGUUUUGGAGGUAAUUACCUCUAACACUUCACCUCUUCCAUCUCGUUCCGAUUAUUGUAGAUUAUCCCCUCCCUCACCAGAACCCAUCAAAGUUACAGUUGUUGGAGGAAAUUCUAACCGAAAAUAA